CUCGGCGUUCCAUUUAAUUCUCAACUCGCGAUGAGAUCAGCAGUGAUCGUUUUCUGUCUGUUAUUUUGCCACUCGGUGUUAGCUAGACUUUUAGAGCCAAAUUGCGGAAUUCGCGCUGAUGUCGCCACCUACCGGACGAGAAUUAUCGGAGGCAGGAAUGUUCAGAUCGCUUCCCAUCCUUGGAUGGCCUAUCUUCACCAGGAAUCGCAGUUCAUCUGUGGCGGAACUCUCAUCAAUCGCCAGUUCGUCCUGACAGCUGCCCAUUGCCUGGAUUCGUCUUCAAAACUGACAGUUCGCCUGGGAGGAAUGAGUCUAAGGUCCAGUGACAACUCAAUGUGCCAAAUUCCAGCCGAGGACUACGAGGUUGACCGUGCCUUUCGACAUAAAUACUUCACCCCCACGAUCUUUUUGAACGAUAUAGGAAUGCUACGACUGGCCAGAUUUGUGGACUACAAUGUUCACAUUAGGCCCAUUUGCAUUAUCCUGGAUCCGGCAAUGCAAAGAUUGGUGGAGGAUGGCAUGACGCUCACGGCCACCGGUUGGGGACUAACCGACGUGGGAUCUGAAGCCUCAGUUCUCCAGGAGGCCAGCAUCCUGGUAAUGAACCGGAACCUCUGCAGCGAUCUCUACAAUGUUCCGGUGGGACUUAACCAGAUCUGUGCCGGAGACAGCGAGACAAACACCUGCAGUGGUGACUCAGGUGGACCACUUGGAGGUAUAGUGAUUUACUAUGGGGAACCUAAAUUCGUUCAGUAUGGGCUAACUAGCUUCGGAGACAAAGAAUGCCGGGCUCCUAGUGUCUAUACGGAUUUGAGCACCUAUUCCGGAUGGAUCGAGAUGGUGGUGAAUGUAUAUGGCACAUGAUGGCUCUUUCAAUACUUGAAAUCGAUCAUCUAACUUUCAAUCUGAACAGAACCUCUCCUCUAAGCAUUCCUUAAAUAUUUGUUUUUAUACGU